AUGAUGUGCGGCGAACUAGAAGAUGACGGCCACGGUACUCAGAUCUACACGACUUUCGCCCACCCCUUCGGCAUCAUCUCCACCGCUAUAGGCAACUGCAAAUACCUCCUUGCCUGCAUUGAAGAGGACCUACGCAUGUACUCGUACUCUUCUCAACCGCACACUCGCAUUGUACCCGCCGUUGGUGCAAUUUUCGACGGCAAGCUUCUUACCAAAGGCACGUCCAUCAGUGUCACUCAUUGCGCCACGUCCAAUAGCCCCGCGAACUAG